UCUCAGCAAACUAUCACAAGAACAGAAAACCAAACACUGAAUGUUCUCACUCAUAAGUGGGAGUUGAACAAUGAGAACACGUGGACACAGGGAGUGGAACAUCAUAUACCAGGGCCUGUUAGGGGGUCGGGGGCUAGAGGAGGGAUAGCAUUAGGAGAAAUAGCUAAUGUAGAUGACAGGUUGAUGGGUGCAGCAAACCACCGUGGCACGUGUGUACCUAUGUAACAAAACUGCACAUGUAUCCCAGAACUUAAAAGUAUAAAAAAAAAAUCCCAUGGUACUUCUGAAUAAUUUCAAUGUCAUGAAAAACAAAAUGUGAAGUGUACCAGAUGAAGGAGACUAACAGACAUGCCAACUACAUGUAAUGUGUGAUCUUGAAUCUGGAUCAGAGAAAAAAAUUCUGUAAAGGACAUUAUUGGGACAAUUAGAGGAAAAUAAAUAUAGGCUGUAUAUUAGAUAAGAGUAUUGCAUAAAUGUUAAAUUCCUGGAUUUGAUAAAUGUACUGUGGUUAUUUAUGAGAACAUUUUUUCCCAGGAAAUGAACACUGAAGUAUUUAGGGAUAAAGGUACAUAAUUCUGCAAGUAACUCUUAAAUGGUUCAGCAAAAGUAUUUUGUUGUGUGCGUGUAUGCACACACACACAGAAAGAGAAAUCAAAAGUGGCAAAAUGUUAACAACUGAGGAAUAUGGUUAAGUAUACAGCAGUUCUUUGUUUUAUUCUUCUGUCAGUCUGUUUUGUGCUGCUGUAACAGAAUACCACAGAUUGGAUAAUUUACAAUAAACAGAAACAUAGUGGCUCAUAGUUGUAAAGGCUGGGAAGUCUAAGAUUGAGAGGCUGCAUUUGGUGAGGACCUUCCUGCUGCAUCAUAAUGGCAGAAGGCAUCACAUGGUGGAAGGGCAAAGAGAGGGGGAGAAAGUAAGCAACAAAUAGGGCCAAACUUAUCCUUUUAUAAGCAAGUGACUCCCUUGAUAACAGCAUUAAUUCAUUCAUAAGGUCAGAGCCCUCAUGGCCUAAUCACCUCUUAAAGAUCCCACUUCUUAAUAUUGUUACAAUGGCAAUUAAAUUUCACCCUAAGUUUGAGAGAGGAAAACUUUCAAACCAUAGCAUUUUCCAACUCUUCUGUAUGUUUGAAAUUAUUUUAAUAUAAAAAGUCUUUAAAAAGAAUGAUUAUUAAUCAGCUCCCUGAGCAAAGAUAUUAUCUUUGGCUUCAGUCACUCAUCACAGAAUAGAAAGCAUUUGACAUUGCCAGAACGAAGCAUGGAUCCCAUGAGACAACUGACUGCAGAGCUGGAAGAUGAACUUGCAGUAUUAUUUGUCAGUAUAAUUUAGAAAACAAGGUUGCGCUUCUUAGAACUCUCCCAGAUGAUUGCUACCAUAUAUGGAUAAUUCAUUUUAUAAACAUUAAUGAAGUUCCAAUUAUAUAUAUGUAAUAUAUAUGUAUUUAUAUAUAUAUAUUUUAUAUGUACAUAUAUAUAUAUAGAGAGAGAGAGGAACUUUUCUAGCCCCACUGGAAUUACAGUGAUGGGAAUUUAAUACAGAGAACAGUCUCUGACAGUUGUGAGGGGCAACAGCUACAUAACAAAAUACCAGGAUGAUGCAGCAGUGAAAGUAAACAUGUAGAAAAAAAAUUAGCAGAGAAUACAACAAUUCAGACAAUUUUGCAGGAUGGUUUGGUGGAGAGGAAUGACAAUGAAGCACACAAGUUUUCCACUUGAUUGGAGUGGAGGAAUGGAGUGAAAGAGUAUUCCAGGCAAAGGGAGCAGAGGCAGUUGACAUAAGAGUUGAAAAUGGCAGUUGACAUACAGGUUUUUGAUGUUCAAUUUGUAACAACACAAAAGAAAUUAGUUGUCAGUUAAGUUGUGAAUAUUUACAAGACAUUAAAAUGGUAUAAAAUAAUUAACACUGGAAAACAUGCAAUACUAACUGAUCCUUUGAUAAACUGUUUUUAUUGUGUAUGUAUGGCAUCUUAUUAAACAUGGAAUUCCUCCUUUGACCUUUUUACCUUUUGCAGUAAUUUUCAAACAUGAAUAAUGUAUAGACUCUUUUUAAAGGAAAGAAAUUCCCAUAAUUCCCAGGAGUCACAUGUUCAGCUAACUACUGGUCGACAGGUCUUAGUUUGAGAAAUACUGAGUUGAAGAAUGGAAGAAAGUUUUACUUUAUAAAAAUGUUAUUUAAUUAUAAAUUACAACUAUAAAAAAGAUAUGUUGUUUUCAGUCAGCAAAAUUAUUUUGGAUUAUUGAAAUAAAAACAAAAUAAUCAAAAGGCGAAUACAAAACAAUAAAAUACUUUGUAAUCUUUGAGUCAAAAGCUUAAUCUUAAAUAUGUAAGUUUUGCAUAAAUUUGUAAGUAAUACAUCCAAACACCAAUCAGUACAUGGAAACGGGCUUGAAUAAACAGUUUACAAAAGAUGAAAAAAAACCAUAAGCAUUUAAAAUGUUCACCUUCAGUAAUAACUACAAAAAAGAAAUUUAAAAUAAAAGACUACCUUUUGACCCAUAAAAUUAGUAGAUACUUAAAAAAAUGAUAACAUGUUGAGAGUUUUUAAUAAUAGAAAAAAAUCACAAACAAUCUCAAUAUCCAACAGUAUGGAAAUAAUUAAAAUAUGCAUUUAUGUAGUAUGACAUUACUUGGACAUUAAAAUAUUUUUGAAGAACUUAAUAUGAAUGCUUAUGCUAUCAUAUUAUAUGCAAAAAAAAGCAAUGAACAAAAAAUAUAAAUUCAACCUUGUCCAAAUAUACAUAGAAGAUCUAGAUAACUCUACUAUGGUUACGGAAGUCAUUAACAUUUUAAUAGUAGAAGCUGGGUGAAGGGCAACUCUCUGUCCUAUUUCUGCAGCUUUUCUGUAAGUCUAAAAUUAUUUCAAAGUGAAAAGUUAAAAAACAUACAUAGAAAAAAUACUGCAAGGAAAAAUACCAAAAUUUUAGCAGUGGUUUCUAUGUGGUAAAAUUGAGUAACUUUUCCUCUUAAUUUGGAAAAAUGAUUUUCUUUAACUUAAAUUUUUAUAGAGUGAUAUGCCAUGUAAUUUAAAAUGCCAUAUAAUGCCAUUUCAUCCCCCCCCCAAUUAAAACAGAAAGAAAAUGCUAAAUUCAAAACAAAAAUAUCAUCCACCACCAUUUGGUAAUCAAUGUGGCAGCAAAACAUAAAACAUAAAUGUAAAUGAUAAAUAUAAGGACUGAAAUAGAAUUAGGGAGUUGUGGCACUAAGAAUUUCAUUUCAGUAAAAAGGGGAGAAAGGCUGCUUCUCCAAAGAGCGAAAAUAUCUGCAGUAUUUUAUGUGUAGGAGAGAAUUAGGUGAAUUCUGUGAGUUUUGGGGGAGGGUAUGUUAUGAGAGCAUUCCCAAAAGGUUAGUUGUUAAUGAGUAAAAACAAUUUGCUUUAGAUAACUAUCUUCAUACUUGUUUUUAUCACAGACUAUUUUCUAAGCAACUCAAGUUUGCAGUGAUUCAGGCCUACUUCUGAAGAAACAGCCUUUUAUCUCAAUGAAUGACACAGAAAAACCAGCAGAUACUCCCUCUGAGGAAGAGGACUUUGGUGAUCCAAGGACAUAUGACCCAGAUUUCAAGGGGCCUGUUUCCAACAGGAGUUGUACAGAUGUUCUGUGCUGUAUGAUCUUCCUACUGUGUAUUGUUGGCUACAUUGUUUUAGGACUUGUGGCCUGGGUACAUGGGGACCCCAGAAGAGCAGCCUAUCCUACAGACAGCCAGGGCCACUUUUGUGGCCAGAAGGGCACCCCCAAUGAGAACAAGACCAUUUUGUUUUACUUUAACCUGUUACGCUGUACCAGUCCCUCCGUGUUGCUAAACCUACAGUGCCCUACCACACAGAUCUGUGUCUCCAAGUGCCCAGAAAAAUUUUUAACCUAUGUGGAAAUGCAACUUUUGUACACAAAAGACAAAAGCCACUGGGAAGACUACCGUCAGUUCUGUAAGACCACUGCUAAGCCUGUGAAGUCCCUCACACAACUUUUACUGGAUGAUGACUGUCCAACAGCGAUUUUUCCAAGCAAACCUUUUCUCCAGAGAUGCUUCCCUGACUUCUCUACCAAAAAUGGCACUUUAACAAUAGGAAGUCAGAUCGUGUUUCAAGAUGGAAAUGGAGGGACAAGAAGUGUUAUAGAACUCAGGGAUGCUGCGAAUGGUAUCAAUAAACUUCUUGAUGCAAAGUCACUUGGAUUGAAAGUGUUUGAAGACUAUGCAACAACUUGGUAUUGGAUUCUCAUUGGCCUGAUGAUCGCCAUGGUCCUUAGUUGGAUAUUUUUGAUACUUCUGAGGUUCAUAGCUGGAUGCCUCUUCUGGGUCUUCAUGAUUGGUGUCAUUGGAAUUAUCGGUUAUGGAAUAUGGCACUGUUACCAACAGUACACCAAUCUUCAGGAACACCCACGUUCUGUAUUAACUGUCUAUGACAUCGGGAUUCAGACUAACAUAAGCAUGUACUUUGAACUGCAACAAACAUGGUUCACAUUGAUGAUAAUACUCUGCAUCAUUGAAGUGAUUGUCAUCCUCAUGCUGAUCUUCCUCAGGAAUCGAAUCCGAGUCGCCAUUAUCCUGCUGAAGGAAGGAAGCAAAGCCAUUGGAUACGUUCCUAGUACAUUAGUCUAUCCAGCUUUAACUUUCAUUUUGCUCUCAAUCUGUAUUUGCUACUGGGUCGUGACAGCAGUUUUCUUGGCGACAUCAGGGGUACCUGUGUACAAAGUCAUAGCUCCAGAGGGGCAUUGUAUACAUGAAAAUCAAACCUGUGACCCAGAGAUUUUUAAUACAACUGAAAUUGCCAAAGCUUGCCCUGGGGCUCUGUGUAACUUUGCUUUCUAUGGUGGAAAGAGCUUGUACCAUCAAUACAUCCCUACCUUCCAUGUAUACAACUUAUUUGUCUUUCUCUGGCUUAUAAACUUCGUCGUUGCAUUGGGUCAGUGUGCCCUUGCUGGUGCAUUCGCUACUUAUUACUGGGCCAUGAAAAAACCUGAUGACAUCCCACGAUAUCCACUUUUUACUGCAUUUGGGCGAGCCAUACGAUAUCACACAGGAUCCCUAGCAUUUGGAUCUUUAAUUAUUGCAUUGAUUCAAAUGUUUAAAAUUGUCCUAGAAUACUUGGACCACCGUCUUAAACGUACCGAGAACACAUUGUCUAAAUUCCUACAAUGCUGCCUGAGAUGCUGCUUCUGGUGUUUGGAAAAUGCAAUAAAGUUUUUAAACAGAAAUGCCUAUAUUAUGAUUGCAAUAUAUGGCAGAAACUUCUGCAGGUCAGCAAAAGAUGCUUUCAAUCUGCUGAUGAGAAAUGUUUUAAAAGUUGCAGUUACAGAUGAAGUUACAUACUUUGUAUUAUUCCUGGGGAAAAUUCUAGUUGCUGGAAGUAUAGGUGUUCUGGCCUUCCUAUUCUUCACACAAAGACUGCCAGUGAUUGCACAAGGACCAGCAUCUUUAAAUUACUACUGGGUACCUUUGCUGACGGUCAUUUUGGGGUCUUACCUGAUUGCACAUGGGUUCUUCAGCGUCUAUGCAAUGUGUGUUGAAACAAUUUUCAUCUGCUUCUGUGAAGAUCUGGAAAGAAAUGAUGGAUCUACAGAAAAACCCUACUUCAUAACCCCUAACCUGCACGGAAUUCUGAUCAAGAAGCAACUAGUUCCCCAGAAGCAGAAAGAGUAGAAAAACUCCAAACAGUGUCACUCACUUUUAAGUAGAAGUUGUGUAAAUUAGGUUGAUUGUAAUUUGGAAAUGUCGCUUUUGAGUAAUGUGAAAUUUCUGUGCUUAAUUCUAAAAAGUCAGCACCUGGUACCACCUGAGGUGUCAGGUAUUUGGUGAUGUUAGCUGCUGUCUGCUUUAUAGACGGUGGUCCCAGCUAAAGAUCAAAAUGUUAAUGUCAAACGUUUUUUAAAAUCUGUAGCCGAGAGUGUUUUAAUAACUUUUAUAACUCAGUGUGCUGUUUCCAUUGCAGCACUUUGAUAGCCUUUCUUUUUAUAAGUGUAUAUUUGUAAAGGAUAUUCAGGCAAUUUUUGAAAACACUAUAAAUGUGUAAUUAAUUAGCCAUAAAAUAUUGAUUUAUAGUUAACCAGCCUAUGGUACUAAAUUUGUAAAUAUGGUGCUAUGGUUAUAUUUAUACUGUUCGAGCUGGUGGACAACUCUCUAAACUGUGAUUAAACUUGUAUUAAUGGUUCCCUAGGAAGUAUAUUUCAGUGAGUCAUGUCCAUAACAAACAUAGAUGUUGGUGUUAUACAGGUUCUACGGAGAGCAUUACUGGGUAAAAAAUACUGUGGAACCUUCAGAGCCCAUUCUGUUUUAGUGAAAUGAUGUUUAUAGUGAAGUCGAAUCUGAGUUCUGGAGUGUCAUUUCCAACAACAUGAACCUCUGUCCAUGAUGAAAAUAUUCUGAACAAAACUGAAAUUGUUACAUAACUCAUGCCUUUUGUCUUUAACCCAAAUUUCUUAUUCCCGCUAUAUAGAAAAUCAAUAUGAAUUUGUUUCAGAAGAGUGAUUAUAUCUUUUCAUGAGCAUACCUGUGUUUCUAGAUUAAAGAGAUUGUGUGGCUUUGUUCUACAAAAGGUUUGAUUUUGUCUCACCUUUCAGUGAGGAAAGAGAAAAGUAAGACAAUUCAGAUUUUACCCUAAGGAAAUACACUGUCAGCCCUCCAUCAUCUAAUACCUUCAUGAGGGAAAUACUGCAGGUUAGGAACUCUCUCCCUGCAGGGCUUAGGAGGAAAGUUGUUGCCACCUGCCACCCUUGGCUGCCUGAAGUUUCUGAUAGUCACGCGUAAGUUUUGAAUGGCAGAACAAAGCAUGAAUCAGACACACACCUUGCCAGUCCAUCCUCUGUGUGCAAAUGUGUAUGAUGCGGUUAACCGUGUAAAAAUGCACCCCAAAAGGAGCAUUGAAUCAAUUUGUAUUUUCUUGGCUUUUACCGUAAGCUUUGUGUAUAAGGAUUAUUUAUGUAUUGACAGAAAGGAACAUGUUGAUCUAACAUGUUGAUCUGAAUAUCACCUAUAUAUCCAAGAAAAGAGUCAGAAAUGUAUUAUUGUGAUAUAGAUUGAUCUAAAUAUGUAUUAAUUAUCUUCAAGUGUAGAAACAUAGAUUUAAACUGACUCUGUGGCAUAUUAAUUAAUAGCAAUAGCCAAUGAAUAGGGAAGAUUUUUAAUAUGUAAUGACUACCAGCUUGUUCUUGGCUUACAUUCUUGAGAUUAUUGUAUUCAAAAGUGUCGGUUGGCUUCACAUUUUGGCAAAGAGCCUUCUGCAUUCUUAUUCUCCUUGAAGCAUAAUGCAGAUCAUAAUGACAACUUAUCUUUCUCGAUUAUUAUUAUUUUAUUAUUCAACAAGACAAGGGCCACAACAAAGGACCAGUAGAAUAGUGACCUCUACCUGAGAAUUUGUUGUAACUAUAAAUGUCUGUGCUCUGCCCAAGAGAUUCUGAUAUACUGUGAUUUGAUGUAAGCCAAGAUGUGAAUUAUUAUAAAGUUCUCUAGUUGAUUCUGAUACACAUAAAAGUUGAAAAAUUGGCCAGGUGCGGUGUCUCACGCCUGUAAUCCCAGCACUUUGGGAGUCCAAGAUGGACAGAUCACUUGAGACUAGGAGUUCCAGACCAGCCUAGGCAACAUGGUGAACCAUCUUUAUAAAAAAUAUAAAAAUUAGCCAAGUGUGGUGGCGCACACCUGUAGUCUCAGCUACUUGGGAGGCUGAAAUGUGAGGGUGAUUUGAGCCCAAGAGGUCGAGGCUGCAGUGAGCCAUGAUCACACCACUGCACUCCAGCCUGGGUGACAGAGAAAAACCCUGUUUAAAAAAAAAAGUUGAAAAAUCACUUGAAUAAAAUAUACAUCAACACAUAAAACUAGUUGCCAAUUUAUAUUAUGAGCUAACAUCUAGUCAGAAAAAUAUUCUCCAUUUACUACUUAUUUGUGUAAUUGAAAUGUGUAGAAUAAAAAUGAGCAUUGUUUUUGAGAAGAUAUUUAGAAGCCAUUUUCUUACAAAGCAAUUAAACUAAAAACUGUGAAAAACUAGGGCAAUGUUCCUCAAAAUUUGCAGUGGAUGUAUUUGAAAUCUAAAAUUUCACAAUUAUUAGUUUUCAAGGCUAUACUAUCUAAAUUAUUGAUGGCAAAACAAAAUCAAUUUUAAACAAAUAUAGUAAUUUAGAAAGUAAAUUGAAAAAAGAAGGUGAAAGUUAUUUUCUCAAUCUUGCAACUGAGAGACACGCAAUAUUGUCAGAAUCUGACCUGUUACACAGAAUGAAAUAACAUCUACUGACAUAAUCACAAGGGCUGAUUGUUUUCUCAUAACUAUGUUUACAAUAAUGUUGAUGCCAAACUAUGCUGUUUAAAAAACAAAAACAAAAACAAACAAAAAGAGGAUUUUGAACUGCUGUAAAGCGAGUAUACAGCAGAUGGCGAUGUUACUUCUCUUACAGUUCUGCUUUGAUAUUUACUCUGUACCAUUCUUCCUCCUAGUGGAAGAUUUAGAAAGAAAUGAUGGUUCUACUGCAAGACCUUAUUACGUGAGUCAACCUCUGCUGAAGAUUUUCCAGGAGGAAAAUCUACAAACUAAGCAGCAGUAGAAGAGCAAACUGGUCGUCCUACAGCUGUGUGUUACCUUUUCUCCAUCUGCUGUGUCCGUGCAACAUUUGUUUCAUAAGUGCUUUGUGUUUAGCAACACUGUAUUUACGACCUUGUUGGCUUGCAUUUGCAUGUUUUAUACCAAAGCUUAUACUGUAAUAUGUGAAGCCAUCAGAAAUCGCAAGGGAAUUGUUAAUAACAUAAAACAUUUUUAUACUAAGAUCAUUUGUUUUGUAAUUCAUUUUUAAAGAGUGGCUUGGAUGUUUUGAAAAUAAUACUGAAUAUGUUAAUAUUCUUUUAAAUCUUAGAUUGAAAAAUGAAACAUUAUUUAAAUUGAUAGCUCCUAAUAUAUUUUUAAAAUUAAAACUAAAAGACUUCUUCUGCAGGGAAAAUUGGUCAGCAAAGUGAAAUUUGAAAGUUUAAAGCUUUUCCCACUCUUGUUGGACAGUAAAUCAGUGAAAGGACUGCCCCACUUCAGAGGUUGCUCUCUUUAAGUAUAGAAUGUUUCCUCUGAAACAAAUUGCCAAUCGUCCAGCCUUUACUACUUCGCCCUCUGACAAAGUGCCUUACUGGCUAUUUAAUAUUACCCAGCUUUUAUGGGCAAGUUUACAAACAUUGUUUUUAAAAAAAUUAAAACCUGCAAUGUUUCGUGAUUAAAACAAGUCUUCUUGCAUUUGUUUCACUCUUAGCUCACUGAUGGGAAAACAUUUGUCAUUUUGCUCUGUUUGAUAUCCUCACUAUUAUGGAAUACAUUGUGCAGCUAAACAACUUCCCUUGCGCCUAGUGGACAUUCCUGAAUGUGUACUACACGCAAGAAGAAACAAACUCCGAAAGAACACUUGUUGGAUUUCCUUCUUUCUUUCUUUUAUCUUUUUUUUUUUUUACUAAAAGAGAAGUUUUAAAAUGAAAUGUUUUCUAUAGUAGAUCUUUGAAAAUACAAUAGAUAUAAUAUUGCAUUUCUCAGUGUUUUACAAAGAUCAGAAAGGGAAUCUUCUAGGAAUUACAAAGGGAAACUUUACUCCUCGAGAGGGUGCUCACAGAUGUCAUGUACUGAAUAGCUCCCUUUUAAAUGAUCAUUUAUUUUCAUCAAAGCCUAUUCUAUAUAUGCCAUUUCAUUUUCUAACUUUUGGUAUGAAAAAAUCAGUUUACUUAUAAUAUGUUAGUUGUAUUGUGCUAAUAGAAACAGGAACAUAAUUUUCAAUUCAGUUUUAAAUAAUUUUACCAGUACUACUAACUUUUAAGGAAAUUAAUUCAGUUGGUUACUCCGUGUUACAGAAAGAGUUCAUAAAAGUAUUCACCCUAAGAGAAUGUCAAUCAUAUAAUGAUAAUUUGUGAAAGCUUUGAGAGUCAAUCAUCAGUAAGUUACUAUCAGUUUAUAAAAUAUUAUCACAUUUGUUUAAAUGUGACUUUAGAUACUUUUAUGCCAAAAAUAAACCCACAUGAGCACAUGACAGUCUGAGCUCUAUAAUCAGAGUGCUUCUGCUGUGCAGAAAUGUUAGAAAUGUAUUGUCUAAAUAUCUUUGAUAAUUAAAAUGUUUAAUAUUUAAUGAAAUUUGUUGUUACUUAUUGUUUUAAAACUAUUUGGUUUUUCUUUUAAUAAAGAUUUAAAUAAGAAA